AUGAAGUACUCCAUUGCCGUUCUCGCUUUCGCCGCUGGCGUCCUCGCCUUGCCCCAGGAGUCUGCCUCCAUCACCAGCGCUCCCACCUCGGCCGCAUCCCCCAGCCUCACGCCGCAAGUCAGCUGCAUCCAAGAGUGCGACGCAGGCGAUGUGACUUGCCAGGCAGCCUGCAUGGGUAAUGCGCGUCCCAACGCUUCUCAGGUCGUCGAGACCACUGAGUGCGCUGCCAAUUGCGACCAGGGCAGCGGCUCUAAGGAGGACACCGAGAAAUACGCCAAGUGUCAGCAAGAUUGCUACGCCAGCCUCUUCCCCAGCUCCCAGACCAACUUCCAGGGUGCUGUUGGUGGUGUUUCUUCUGCUGCCUCUGCUGCCGCUUCUGGUGUUUCCAGCGCUGUGGCCAGUGCUACCAACGCUGCUGGCAGUGCCGCCGCUUCCGUUGCCUCCUCUGCCCGUUCUGGCGCUGAGUCUGCCACCAGCUCUGGUUCUGCCUCUGGGUCCGAGACUGGAUCUGGUGCUCAGUCCACUGAGUCUCCGGGUGCUGCUAGCUCCAACUCUGUGAAGAUCGCUGGUGCUGGUCUUGCUGGCCUCAUGGCCAUCUUCGCCUUGUAG